UUGGAUCACGUGACCUGAUUCACCGUAGCAUGAGCUGUGAACAUGAGCUUAGCAUACGAUUCUGCAAACAAACCUGCCAUCACCGAAUUCUGAUUUAGCAUGUUCAAAUUGACUAAAGUAGAUCUAAAUUAACGAGCUCAGUUAAUCUAAGGGUUUAUAUUCCAGCUAUACGACACGGAACUGUUUUUUUUUGGGUAUAUUUGGACUUUUCCUUGUACAGGCUAGCCAAGAUUAGCACGUUAGCUUCCAUUAACAUAAGUAUGGACAACGUGAACCAGAAUGUUACGACGGGAGUUCAGUCUACGACGUCUUCAACUUCAAGUAACUGUAUCGCGAAUGACAAUGCGACAACCAACGUCAGCAGUAUUCCCUCGGUCACGAGUAAUGCUACAGCCUCUGCAGCUAUAGUGGCACCAUCAACAGACACAUCAGUCUCCAAUGGCGUCUAUGUUCCCAGUGGCAUCACUAAUGGGGAUGUAAAGCCAGCUGUCGCCACCACACCUCUGGCUGAUUUCCUCAUGCAGCUGGAGGAUUACACUCCCACAAUUCCCGAUGCAGUUACAGGCUACUACCUCAACAGGGCUGGCUUUGAGGCUUCUGAUCCAAGGAUAAUCCGUCUGAUCUCCCUUGCAUCCCAGAAGUUUAUCUCAGAUAUUGCCAAUGACGCGCUGCAGUACUGCAAAAUGAAGGGAACGGCUUCAGGAAGCUCCAGAAGUAAGACGAAGGACAAGAAGUACACUCUGACGAUGGAAGACCUAACUCCUGCACUCACGGAAUAUGGUGUUAACGUCAAGAAACCUUAUUACUUCACAUAAUACACCUUUCUUCAAAGUUUUGCUUUGCAUUUUGCUUGCAACGACCCCCUCUGCUGACCCUGUAGUUUUUCACCACCUUUGUUGCUGUGUUUUUUGACGAUGAUUUGCUGCAGCUUUCAUGAAUCUUUAUGGCCACCUGACUUUUUUGUGGAGCUAUCUUGGCAUUUUGUUAAUUUGUGAAAUUUAGUUUUAUUGUGAGAAUAAAACCUUUAACAAAAACAU